ACAGCGUCUCGUGAGCCCACUGGAAAAAUUGCAAGUUCAACUGUUGGUGUUGGACCCACCACAACUUCAAUACAGGCUAAAGGGAAAACGAUAGGCGCGUUAGAAGUAAUAGGAUUUUGUCUCGCUGCCGUUCUUGGCCUCUUAGUCGCGGCCUUCGCCGUCUACUAUUUCGCUUUUCGGAAACGAUGGUAUCCGCAAUACUGGGACAUGGGACCGGAGUCACCUCCACCUACCCCAGCAGUGGCAGCAGCUAACGUAUCAGCGGCAACAACAGCAGCCGCGGGCGAAAGAAAGAUAGUAUCAGAAGUUGGGAUAACUCACGCAGGAUUUACUGGGGACGCGUCUAGCUCCACCGAGAAGGUCCCUCCUGUUUCCUUUAACGGUAAUGCCCAUGUCGAGAAGAAGGAAGAAAUUCCUGCGAACAAGCAAGAUGGUGAAGGCGAGGAGAAUGUUGGAUUUGCUGAAGAUAGUGCUUUGUAA